AUGCCGCAAGUGUUUUCUCUAUCCAAGUUGCAGAAUAACACGGCUUCCAUCACACCGUCAUCAUCACCCUCUCAAAAUUCAAGUCUGUUUUAUCAACUUUUUGGAAAACAUGGAAAUACACGAAGGAUUGUUCUCGGAGUACUUUUUAUAUGCAUGAUCGUUAUGUUUUUCUUUCAGAUCCGAUUUUUGAUUUCCCGAUCUAUUCCGAAUACAACAACGACAUUGUCGACAUCCAAUCAUCAUGACAUGGAACAGAAACCACAAAAAGAUACUGGAAAGCUUGUAUUACAGCCGCCAUCCAAUAGACCAAAAGUGAAACAAGAACCACUCCCACGGCAAGAGCAACCACAGAAACCUGGCCGUAUGAAUAAUAACAAUAAUUACAUUGAUGAUUCACUACCUUCGGAUCAAUACAAUACAAUAGCAACAAAUCCGUUGGAAAUCAAGUUGGAAUCAUAUGGAGAUUUUGUCACGGAUGAUGAACGUCAUUCGGUCUUGUCCGAAUUGCAAGAAAAAGGAAUGGCAUAUUUGGGAGUGGUCAUGCCUACAAUUCCAAGAACAAGAGCUGCUAAACAAGGCGUCCUAGUUGAUUAUUUCACACCUACACUAGAAUCUUAUGAUGCAGAGUUGAAGAAAAAUAAUUUUUUGAGUAGACUUGUUGCAAUGUUUAUUGCAAAUAUGAGACCCAAUGAACAAAAUGAUCUCUAUGAAAAAGCCAAGAAUACCUAUUCGCAAAAGAAAUAUGCGUCACAGAAAAAUGUUUGGAAUUUUGUGAAUAUUGAUACAAAUUCAAAAGUCUACCGUCCAAGAGAUGGCGUUUCUGCCAUUUCUGCAUCUACUGUGAGACAAACGUCAGACUUUAUACAUUUGAUCAGAAAUGUUCACAAAAAGAGCAAGUAUUUGCUCAUCGUGGAAGAUGAUUUUUUAGUGUGUGAAUUAACGCUCACUACACUGAUUCACAUUAUUCACAAAGCUAAUGCUAGAUUUGGAAAAGAUGGAUGGGCUGCCAUUCGUGUUUCGAGUGGAUUAAAUGGCAUUAUUAUGAGGAACGACAAUAAUGACAUUUCCACUUUUGCUGAUCAUUUGGAACGAAGAAUUGGAAAACGACCGCCAGAUCACAUUUUCGCCGAGUUUUGUGCCAGAGAAACUCCAGAAUCGUUGGCACACUUUGGAAAUAGAUUCAUGGUUGCAUACAAGUACAAUUUAUUGUCACAUUUGGGUCGAAUUAGUACAUUGCGAGAUAAUGCUCACUAUGACAUGCCUCAAUGUUGGGAAACUUUGGUUCAUCCUGUUUCAUUUGAAGUUGAAGCCUUCAAUCCUGCACAAUGUCCAAAAGACGAUCUAUGGCCUUGCGUUGAAUAUCCUGAGCGAAUCAAGUCAAAAACAGCUCCAGAAAUUCCAAUUAAUAAUAUCAACGACCAAUUUCCAGCACUGAGACCCAUGAAAUUUAAGAGUGACAAUAAUAAUCCACAAGGACUGAGUUAA